UAUUCUUUAAACAAAGGAGCUUUACUUACUGUUACUAUUAAUCUCAGUUUUAUGAACACCUGGUUAGUUUGUGCACAUGCUCCAAUUUAAAAUGUUGUAGCUUCAGACAUCAGGUAAAGAAAAUCAUAUUAAAGAUCAUACAAAGAUAUAUUAUUAAAAUAUGUUGGCAAAACUGUACAGAUUUUCCAAACUUCAUACAGGUGAUCCCUUGAACCACAGACCCAGGGCAUAAUUGAAGGAAUGUGGAAAUAAACAACUAGAAGAUGCUACAUACCUGCUGAUUACCGACUACCAAUCCUAUUGGCCUUGCAGCAAAAUUCAAUUUAUUGCCUAAGAAAUAAAUUUAUUUAUGAUACUUUCAAGGGAUCUAACUCAUCACUCAGUAAAUUAUAAGUACCGAAUUUCCAAUUUUGAUAGUAUUAUUUAAACGUCUCGUCUUGCUGAUCUCACAACGUAAUAAUUUCACAGAUAAUUUAUGCAAAACCGGACUACGCAGUAUUUUCACAAGCCUUUAAUUUCAAGUUAAUUAAGGAUUGAAGGUAUUAAGUGAUUGUUUUUUGAUGGAUUUCAAUUGAUACAUUGAUUUAUCUACGGAUAUAAGAGUUUGGGCAGUAUUGUCCCGCUACGAACAUAUUUCUUCAAUUCUUUGUGUGUUUACGUAACAGAAACUUCGAAUGUGAACAAAGACAAUGGAUGUUUUGAUUUUGGGCGAUUCCCACGUGAGAAGACUUCAUCGUUUACUCCUCGAGGAUGACAGCUCGGUGGCAGACGCUUUUCGUUUGUCUCAUGGUCAGUCCAUUGGCCUAUUUGGACUCAGUGGUGGUCGCUACACUAACAGUCGUGUUAUCUGCUCCUUUGAAAGGAAGUUAUCGUUAUAUUCACCGAGCUUUGUUAUCAUGAUGAUUGGGGGAAACGACAUUGACUGUGCGAAUGGCUUAUUGGAUCCCCAUUUAUUAGUGUUGCGCAUGGAAGCCCUGAUGUCGCUAUGGGCAACCCGCUUUCACAUCCGAGGGAUUUUUAUUCUUCAGCUACUUCCGCGACGAACCACAAGGAACAUUCGUGUCGUGGAAACGAGGCGGUGGUCUUCUUUAAUCGUGCCCUGAAAGCUGAAUGUGGACGACAGGACAGUAUUCACUACUGGAAAGUGCGACGUCUCUCGGACCCCUCCAAGACUCUUCCUGGAUGGUGUACAUCUGAAUGCCAGAGGACUCAAUAUUUUGUUCCACAGCAUUCGGGGGGCUGUCAUUCGGUGUUGGCCACUACAUUAACUUUGUCAUUUACUCGGCUCCUGCCGAAUGUGACCACAUACAUAGAGACUUUAUCAUUUUAUUUCAUUCCCAUUGCGCAUGUCUACAUUGGUUUUUGUUUUGUUUUGUUUUCUUAAGUUUCCGCUAUUUUUCUAGCUUAUGGUACUUAUACCACAAUUCCUAAUUUCAUGCGCAUCCUGCACAUUAAUUUAAAACCGAUUAACGUCAAAUAAUUUAAUUUUUGUUUCAUUGCUAUAACAUUCACAAUUGACUGUCUUUAUUCCCUUACAAUUUUAGCAUCUACCGGUUCGGCUUUCCUCCAAAUGUCAUGCUAUUUGUAGGAUCUGUUUAGAGUGGAUAUGUGUAUAUAUAUUUUCAUACAUAUGGUUGUAUAUUUAUAUAUAUAUAUACGUGUAUGUGUGUUUAUUUAUGUAGGUAUAUAUGUGUAUCUAACUCCAAGUUUAUAUAUUAGGCUCCCGAUUCUGGAGUUCAGCUUGAUUUUUGCUCUAUGGGCUAUUGGGGCCGAUUGUUGAUUAUAACUCUAUUGUAGAGUAUGGCUAUUAGGGCAGUUGUUUGAUUUUUACUCUAUUGUAGAGUAUGGCUAUUGGGGCCGAUUGUUGAUUUUUACUCUAUUGGGGAUACGGCUAUUGGGGCCGAUUGUUGAUUUUUACUCUAUUGUAGAGUCUGGCUAUUGGGGCCCGAUUGUUGAAUUUUACUCUAUUGUAAAGUAUGGCUACUGGGGCCGAUUGUUGAUUUUUACUCUAUUGUAGAGUGUGGCUAUUGGGGCCCGAUUGUUGAAUUUUACUCUAUUGUAAAGUAUGGCUACUGGGGCCGUUUGUUGAUUUUUACUCUAUUGUAGAGUAUGGCUAUUGGGGCCGAUUGUUGAUUUUUACUCUAUUGUAAAGUAUGGCUACUGGGGCCGACUGUUGAUUUUUACUCUAUUGUAGAGUCUGGCUAUUGGGGCCCGAUUGUUGAAUUUUACUCUAUUGUAAAGUAUGGCUACUGGGGCCGAUUGUUGAUUUUUACUCUAUUGUAGAGUAUGGCUAUUGGGGCCGAUUGUUGAUUUUUACUCUAUUGUAGAGUAUGGCUAUUGGAGCCAAUUGUUGAUUUUUACUCUAUUGUAGAGUGUGGCUAUUGGGGCCGAAUUUUGAUUUUACUCUAUUGUAGAGUGUGGCUAUUGGGGCCGAUUGUUGAUUUUUACUCUAUUAGGGAGUAUGGCUAUUGGGGCCGAUUGUUGAUUUUUACUCUAUUGUAGAAUAUGGCUAUUGAGGCCGAUUGUUGAUUUUUACUUUAUUGUAGAGUGUGGCUAUUGGGGCCGAAUUUUGAUUUUACUCUAUUGUAGAGUGUGGGUAUUGGGGCCGAUUGUUGAUUUUUACUCUAUUAGGGAGUAUGGCUAUUGGGGCCGAUUGUUGUUUUUACUCUAUUGUAGAGUUUGGCUAUUGGGGCCGAUUGUUGUGGAGAUGGGCGUCAUCAAGCCGCCAGCAUUGACAACUCCAACCGUCCCUAUGCCCUCAGAUCCAGACACUCUACAUCGGUUGCGGACUUCAGCCGGUGCCCAUGCUACAGCUAACAAUCCAGACAUAACACCCCUUGAUGCAACAAACUCAAUUCCGGCUCCCCCCACGCUCGCCACUUCUUCUGGCGCUCAAGGUAUUUCGCUUACUGCGGGAGUGGACCUGAAGUUGAAGGCCAAGAUAUGGGGCGAGCAGUUCAUUUCAUUUCGGGCAUUAAUUUCCUCAAAGGAAUCUGGUCAACCCUCAAUACGCCAAUCCAGCGAGGGAAUUAUCUCCUUUCAUAAAGCUGACCAGGAAGAGAUCAAAUCAAUGGAAGCCUGGCAGAAGGCCUUCGCCAUUUUCGUGGCGGUGUAUACAGAAAAGAACACUGGAUGCAUAGCUUCCUUAAUGAAGUACUCAUCUAUCAUACAAGACCUGGCCAGACAAGUCGGCCCUUAUGUUGCUUUACAGUAUGACGUACGCUUUAGAAAAGCUCGCGAAGACAACCCAGUUUGACAUUCAUGGGACCUUCCAAAUUCGAAACUUUAUAAUAAGGCGUUAGCUGAAGGACUGUGUUAUCGUUUUCAAUCCUCACCAUCUCAAGGUUCCUUUCGUGGCCGGGUGGGCGGCCAACAAUGUUACCAGUUCAACAACGCCACGUGCAGUAGAUUACGAUGUCGGUACGCGCACACCUGUCAAGUUUGUAGGGGACCACAUCCCAAACGCAUGUGUGCUAAACACAAACAUGGAGCCUCCAGUUCGCAUCAAGAACCAGCUUCUAAGCCGUCAGCGCCUAACCCAAACUGACCAAAAGCAUUCAACAAACAAGAGAUGUUUGUCAAACAUUAUGCCCCCCCUGAGCGCCAUGUUGUCAGGAUUAUAUGGACAAUUGAAUGAAAUAUGCAUGGACCGAAAUGACAGCUGAUUUGUUGCCGUUAAGGCAAUUUUAAGAUUAUGACCAUUAAAGUGUGAGGAUAGAGU